UCUAAUUUUUCUCAUAAACAUUUGAAAUGACCACAACGGCUCAUGAAUAGGUUUCCAUUUCCAUUUUUCAUUACGAUAAUAAACAAAGCAACACGAAAUAGAACAGAAGAAGUCUACAAGAUCAACAUUUAAUACCCGGAUUAUCUGACAUGUCUUGGCUAAAAACCGCGGUGAAUAAGGCCGUCGAAGUUGGCGGAAACAACAACCUCACACGCACCGUUUGGAGCGUUGCCGAUUCCGUGGUUCAACAAGCCGGAAAUGCCGUCACUGAAGGCGCUAAACUCAUCCAGGACCGCAUUGGCGCUAGGAGUUUGAAAAGCUUUAGACAGACGGUGAAAACAUUGGAAGAAGUUUCGGUGUCGUGUAGAGGGAUAGAGAGAGUUCAGAUGCUAAGAAGAUGGUUGGUUGCUUUAAAAGAAAUCGAGAGAGUAGCUGCAUUUUAUCUUGCAAAAGAUUCUCAAGACCAGCUCAAUUCUGAUGAGUCCAAAGAUUCUCCUCGGAAACCUACGUUGGUUUAUUAUGCGGACCCUGAUAUGGAUUGUGAGCCGAGGAAUUUUGGUGAUGUUUUCCUUUACAGUCAAGCUCUUGAAGGUGUAACAAUGUCGAUGAUUCUUGAAGAACCAACCGAGGAGGAAGUUUCACUAUUACUGGAGAUAUUUGGGCUUUGUCUUGCAGGAGGAAAGGAAGUUCACAAUGCAUUAAUUAGUAGCAUACAUGAUUUAGCAACAGCAUUCUCAAAUUACCAGGACGAAGUACUGGUAAAGCGAGAAGAGUUACUCCAAUAUGCUCAAGGUGCAAUUGCAGGCCUGAAGAUCAAUGCAGAUCUAUUAAGAAUAGAUGCUGAAGCCUGCAGUCUAAUGGAAAAACUUGAUAAAAUAAAGCCAAUUCAGCAGCUCUCGAAUGAAAGUGAUAAAUUAUCUGAAGAGGAUCUAAAAGAAGCUCUUGGGCAAAUUCAACUGUGUUCCAAGUUGGAAGAACUCUUGUUAAAGAAAAAGUUUUUAAGCAAUGGGGAUUCUCCAGAACUUCAUGCUGAAAAGGUUCAUAAAUUAAAAAUAUUCGCAGAAUCACUUGCUAACUCAACUUCACAAGCUGAAAAGCGCAUUUUAGACCACAGAUCUCAGAAAGAAGAAGCACUUAACUUCCGUUUGGCAAAAGCCAAAGAAAUUGGCCAACUUGAGAAGGAGUUGGCCACCGAGAUUCGAGAGUUUGAGAAGCAAAAGGAUGAACUUGAAACUGAAUUGAAAAAGGUCAGCACCUCAUUGGCUGUUUCUCGUGCUCGCCUUCGUAAUGCCAGGGAAGAACGAGAGCAGUUUGAUGAUGCCAGCAAUGAGAUAUUAAUGCACUUGAAAUCAAAGGAAGAUGAGCUUUCAAGAUCAAGUGCUUCAUGUAAAACAGAAGCAAAUGUGGUCAAUACAUGGAUUAAUUUUCUGGAAGACACCUGGAAUCUCCAGACAGCACAAAAUGAUAGCAAGGAGAAGCAGGUCAAUGGCGACUUGGGGAAAUAUGGAGAUCAUUUUGUGAUUCUGGUUAUUCAUCUUCUCUCUGCCUACAAGGAACAACUUGGACUCUCAAUCACAAGUAUCCAUAAACUUGUGGAUAAGUUGCGAUUAAAUGAAGGGUCAGAAAUAGCACGGAGGAUAGACAAGGAAAGUCCAAAAACAAUAAUUAUAAGAAAAGGUCUUGAAGAGGAAUAUUUGAAUCUUGAAGCAAAGUUUUUAACCACGCUAAGCAUAGUGGAUGCAAUGCAAAAGCAGUUUUACAUGCAGAGUGAAGGCAUUUACAGGAAAGAAUUUGAGAGGGUCAAAGAGCUAUUUGAUGCUCUCGCAAAAAUAAAAGAGGAAUUUGAAUCCAUUGAGAGACCAACUUUGGAAGUUGAGACUCCAACACGAAGACCACAAUUGCCAUUGCCCAUUAAAAAUUCAUCUCCUACCUCUGGCCAAAAUUCUAAAACACAGAAGAACAAACGAGAGAAAAUUGAGUUUUACUCAAUUAAGAGAGAUAAAGUGUCGGAUGUGACUGCAGAACUGGAGAAACUAGAUUCAGGUUUUGGGAGGAGUAGCAGAGACAACUCCUCGGAGGAGAUUAUUGAUUGGGAGUUUGAUGCAUUUGACAAGGAUCUACACAUCAGUGGUUGACCAACCAGGAGAGAUACUUAGUAUAGAUAUCUCUUUGUUAUCUAACUUUAUAGCACGGUGAUACACAUUGAGAAGCGCUGAUUUCUCCAUACCAAAUCCAAAUUCAAAGGAAAUUUACGAUGGAACUGGAUUUUCAUAGAUUUAUAUGAUGUGUAUGAUCUAAAAUCUGAUGACCAAAUGUAGAUAACUCUAUGUUAUGUGUAUUCAUAUAUUAUUUAUCCAGCCGGCUUUUGCCUGGUGGAAGUAACUCUCACUUAUAAAUGAAUUCCUGGAUUAGUCAUUACAAGAUAUCAGAAAGGUUCAAUUGAGCAGGGAGCAUUUGUUAGCCCCUCUCUUUCAUUUGGUUAAACAUGUUUUUAAUUUAAUGGUCUUGAUUCUUUUCAUCAUCCAUUUAGAGUUUGAAGGAACAUGAUUGAAAUGAGUGUGAUUAUUAACCCUAUGCCUGUGUUAUUUUCAUUUGUA